AUGUCACUCUUUAAGAACUCCGUGCGCAUCGUUGCGCUUGUCUCUAUUUUACUUUCAUCGACCGCUGCGCAGAGUUGCUAUUACCCGGAUGGAUCUGAAUCAAAUCAUGUUGCGUGCAGCAGUUCUGGAUCGGAAGCAUCAUGUUGCGAUGCAUCGCAAAUAUGUUUGGACAAUGGGUUGUGCUUUGGAGCUGGGAUUAUGAGCAGAGGAAGCUGUACGGACAAGGACUGGAACAGCAAAGAGUGUAGUCAACACUGUGGAGAGGUCUCCCGCAACUCCAGUAUACCUGUUAUCGCGUGCACAAACGGUGGCCAGGAAAGCAAGUUCAUGUGUGGGAUGAACUCAACAAAUUGCAGGAGGACUUCAACUCUAUUUACAUUAUCCACGGGCGCCAUCAYACUUCGACCGAGCGAGCUGGAAGCGCYCGUCAAACCUGCAGUUAGCAGUGCGCUGGCGCAGACGACGACACAGGCUGCCGUUAUAACCAAAGUCACUGUCACCGCAGCGGCCACCGCAAACCCAAACGCGAUUUACUCACCUGGCGACAUGGCAGGCCUCGGAGUUGGACUUGGCAUACCGUUACUCAUUGCCAGCUGUCUGGCUUUGAUGCUAUGGCGUAGAGACAGAGCACGAACACCGAAGCUCAUGUAUCCCCUACCAGACGAUCUCAUCGACCCAUACACUUCCAUAGACGGACGUCCACUUCACCCUACCAUGGGUGCUUCACUUCGACCGCCAGCCUCGAGAGAUGGCAGCAUAAUGACCUCCAACUCAUCGAACACCGCAACGCCCGGACCAAUGCACACAUUUGCGGAGAGAUAUCAGGUUAUGAAAGGCGCACAUGGGCUUCAGAUUCAAAGGGUAGAAUUGGAUGCCUCGCCAAUUGGAGACUUUGAUGCCGACGAGCACGAGCUUCACGAUCUGAAGGUCCCUCUUCCGAAAGAGUUUUGA